AUGGAGUCCUACAAGGUGAUGCUGAACGGGCCAGCGCCCUGGGGCUUCAGGCUGCAGGGAGGGAAGGAUUUCAGCAUGCCACUCUCCAUCUCCAGGCUGACUCCGGGUGGGAAGGCAGCCCAGGCUGGCGUGGGAGUGGGCGACUGGGUGCUGUACAUCGACGGGGAGAGCACCAGCUCCAUGACACACAUCGAGGCUCAGAACAGGAUCCGUGCCUGUGGGGACAGGCUCUGCCUCACCCUGAGCAGAGCCCAGAACCACCUGGGGAAGCCACAGAAGGACUCACUCCCCUGCUCUGAACCCCUGAAAUAUAACUUCGCUCCCAGCACCGCCCUCAACAAAACCGCUCGGCCCUUUGGGGCCAGCUCUCCUCCGAACCCACGGCCCGGGCAGCCAUCGCAGCCUCUGGACACCCCCGUGUGUGAUCCCGGGAAGUUGCGGCUGGUGGAGGAUGCUGAGGACUGGCAGCCCCGCACCGGGACCUCCCAGUCCCGCUCCUUCCGCAAACUGGCCCGGAUGACGGGCACAGAUGGCUUGGGGGAUCGUGAAGAUGAGCUUGUUAAAAAGCCGAGGCAGCCCCCCCAGGCGCUGGAGACCCCCAGCACCCCUGUGUGUGACCCUGGGAAGUUGCGGCUGAUAGAGGAUGCUGAGGACUGGCAGCCCCGCACUGGGACCUCCCAGUCCCGCUCCUUCCGCAAACUGGCCCGGAUGACGGGCACAGAUGGCUCCCCCAGGACCCCCACUGCCACCCCUGGCCCUGCCAGCCGCCCACCCUGGGCUGUGGACCCCUCGUUUGCCGAGCGCUACGCCCCGGACAAGACCAGCACGGUGGUGAGCAAGCACAGCCAGCCGGCCACGCCGACCCCCAUGCAGAACCGCAGCUCCAUCGUGCAGGCAGCCCAGCAGGCCCCCGAAGGGCCCGGCCGCACACCCCUCUGCUACAAGUGCAACAAGGUCAUCAGGGGACGAUACCUGGUGGCGCUGGGACAUUAUUACCACCCUGAGGAGUUCACCUGCUGCCAGUGCAGGAAGGUGCUGGAUGAGGGUGGCUUCUUUGAGGAGAAAGGCUCCAUCUUCUGCCCCAAGUGCUAUGACACGCGCUAUGCGCCCAGCUGUGCCAAGUGCAAGAAGAAGAUCACUGGGGAGGUAAUGCACGCUCUGAAGAUGACCUGGCACGUGCAGUGCUUCACAUGUGCUGCCUGCAAAACUCCCAUCCGCAACCGUGCCUUCUACAUGGAGGAGGGACAGCCCUACUGCGAGAGAGACUAUGAGAAGAUGUUUGGCACCAAGUGCCGUGGCUGUGACUUCAAGAUUGACGCUGGGGACCGGUUCCUGGAGGCGCUGGGGUUCAGCUGGCACGACACUUGCUUCGUCUGUGCAAUCUGCCAGACCAACCUGGAAGGGAAGACCUUCUACUCCAAGAAGGACAAGCCACUCUGCAAGAGCCAUGCUUUCUCCCACGUGUGAGGAGCAGGAGU